GGGAAAUUCAACCGGAUUAAACCAGUUCGCAACCCAAGUUAAACUGCGAUCACCAGCGAAGUCACACCAGUAAAGCCAGAAUCCACGAUCUGUUAAGGUUUUGAAAAUGGCAACAGGAAGAAAACAAAUGAAGAAAAAACCUCUCAAGGAAAAAUCUGAGAACGUUUAUGAUUUCACUCAAGAAGAUGAGAAGGAUGAGCACAGCUCUGAGGACGAAGUUAGGCAUGGUGAAACUCCAAUAUUGGACAAAGGAAAGAAGAGACCGGCUGCCACCUUUGAUGAAGAUGGGGGUUCCUGUGCUGUCGGAAAUGAGGUCCAGUCCAUGUUGGAAAAGUUUGGGGCUGAUAUCAGCAAGGGGAUGCAGGCCAAGAAGAAACGCCUGGAGAUGCUGACAAAGAACUACAUGAAGGGAAGUCAACACAAGCUGGAACAGCUGUGGAACAGCUAUCACGGCCAGAGGAAGAAAAUGACUCAGCAGUACUCUGAUCAGGUGUCGUCUGUGCUGCAGCAGUUGGACGUUGAAGCCCAGCGAGCCGAGGAGCAGGAGGAAAAACUUAAUAAUCUGUUCCGGCAGCAGCAGAAGAUCUUGCAGCAGGCAAGAGUUGUGCAGAACCAAAAGCUGAAAACUGUCAAAGAGCUGUAUGAACAGUUUGGGAAGAACAUGGAGGACAUGGAGAAGAGCCAUGAGACGUUCCUGCUGGGGGUCCAACAAGAGCUGAGGAAGGAAAUGGCCACCUUGCAGAAGAAGAUCCUCAUGGACACACAACAGCAGGAGAUGGCCACUGUCCGCAAGUCACUGCAAACCAUGCUGUUCUAGGGAGCUGUUACCAUGGCUACUGUUCCAGCUGUUCAAUAUUAUUAUUAUCAUUGUUUUUAAUUACUCUUAUUAUUCUCAUUAUUAUUGUUACUUGUUGCUUAUUAUUACUGUUUGAGUUAAAUUAGAAUUAAAGGUGUUUACUGAUAGAUGUU